AUGGGAUGUUCUCAGAGGUUAAACGGUUCUGAGAUCCACAUUGGUAACUCGCUGGAGAACAACGGCACCAACAACCCCAGAUGUGCAAAUAUAACCGAGAUCCCAGAAGGACAGACAGCCAGCUUUGAAUGUUUUGAGAUGGAGGGACGUUAUGUUAUUAUCGACAUCCCUAACAGGGCUGAAUAUCUCACUCUGUGUGAGGUGGAGGUGUAUGGCAGUCUAGCAGGAAACUGUUCAUCCACAACAAGCCUCCCUUAUGAGUAUCAAUUUGUGGACAAAAAUAUGACCUGGACUGAAGCACAGAGUUACUGCAGAAAUAACUACACUGACCUGGCCACCAUAGACAACACAGAGGACAUGUACAGACUGAUGAAGUCUGUAAACGGAGGAUUUACAAAUGGAGCCUGGAUAGGACUGAAGGAGGGGGAGCGGAUGGGAACCUGGCAGUGGUCAGACCAGAGCAACUGUUCAUUCAGAAACUGGAACAUUGGACAACCAGAUAAUCAAGGAGGGGAUCAGACCUGUGUUGUGACCUGGAUGAACGUUACAGGGCCUUGGGAUGAUAUGAAAUGCAAUGCGACCGGGAUGAGUGUUACAUGGCGAUGGGAUGACAGGAACUGUGAUGAAAAACGACCUUUCUUCUGCUACCAUGUUCCAUCAACGUCCACCUCCAGUGAGACAGCAGCACCUGCCCAUCAUCAAGAUGACAUGUCACCCCCUUCCUCAAGCAGCAGUAUCACCACCACUACAAAAGCCAAUGACAACAGUGCUCCCUCCUCAGCCAAUGACAAUAGUGCUCCCUCCUCAGCCGAUGACAACAGUGCUCCCUCCUCAGCCAAUGACAACAGUGCUCCCUCCUCAGCCAAUGACAACAGUGCUCCCUCCUCAGCCAAUGACAACAGUGCUCCCUCCUCAGCCAAUGACAACAGUGCUCCCUCCUCAGCCAAUGACAACAGUGCUCCCUCCUCAGCCAAUGACAACGGUGCUCCUUCCUCAGCCAAUGACAACGGUGCUCCUUCCUCAGCCAAUGACAACGGUGCUCCCUCCUCAGCCAAUGACAACGGUGCUCCCUCCUCAGCCAAUGACAACAGUGCUCCCUCCUCAGCCAAUGACAACAGUGCUCCCUCCUCAGCCAAUGACAACAGUGCUCCUUCCUCAGCCAAUGACAAUAGUGCUCCCUCCUCAGCCAAUGACAACAGUGAUAAGGUGAUUCUGAUUACUGAGAAAAAAACGUGGACAGACGCCCUGAACUACUGCAGGGAGAACCAUGAUGACCUGGUCUCCGUUCUCUCUGAAGAGGUCCAGAAGGGGGUGGAGUUCAUGGCCAAGAAGGCCUCUACUCCACAUGUGUGGCUGGGUCUGCGCUACACCUGCACCUUAAACAUCUGGUUCUGGGUCAGUGGGGAACCCAUCUGCUACAGUAAAUGGUCUCCAGGAAACGGGACCUGCAUAGAAGACUGUGGGAGAACCAGAGUGGGGAGAACCGGGGCAGUAGAGACAGAUGGUCCUCAUCACUGGGUCAGUCUGCCUGACAUCGAGCAGCUCAACUUCAUCUGCAGCUCUAAAAGGAAAUAAAAUAACUUAUGACUUAUAAGCAGAGAAUAAUCAUUGGGGUUGAUUUCAUGACAUGUAUUUAAUUAAAAAGAAAAAGAACCGUAACAAUAAUAAUCUAGAGGGGUCAGAGUCAGAAAACAGAGUCUGUUGUUAGGCUGGGGAUGCGAUGAAGAAGGUGUAUGAAUUUUUUUUUUUCAGCUAAUGUAACAGUGGUCACGAUGCCAAAGGACAGCUGUCAAGGUGCAAAGGCGGUCGAUUUCCCUGCUUCAACCGCGCCAUCAAUAAUGAGAUUUCCAUAGUUUCAUUCUCCCCAUCCUGCCUCCAUCUCCUGCUCCCUCCCUCCCUACUCUCCUCCCUCCCUC